AUGGGAUCGGUUGCUGGGAACUUCGUCAAGUGUUUCAGACAAUCUGCAGGUAGAGCUUCUUCGUUAGGUGAGCUUCUUCCUGCACCGAUAUUUCUUUCUUCAUCUAUCAGUUUUCCUUGGUCAUGCCUUUUUUAGUUGUGUUCAGAACCAAAGCGAGCUCCGAACCGGAGAAACACUAGUGUCCCGUCGAUGAGCUUUUGCAUUUUUCUUCCCCUCAUAAGUUCCAGGCAUUACUCGUCCGUCUCGGUCAUGGUGUUCAAAGAUUUCAUUUGAGGAGUUUGAGCAGAGUAAUGUAAUUGAGGACGAUGAUUUCUUACCCGCAAAGUCUGAAUUAGAGCCACAGGGAGUGGAUCCUAAAAGGGGAUGGAAUUUCCGAGGAGUGCACAAGGUAUGCUCUCGUCUAGGAGAAGUGUUCCAAUGUUUAAUCCAACAUAACCUGCACUUUAUUAUUGAAUUGUCUACUUCAUUGUUUGAUGAAGGAAGCUUCUGAUUGCUAUGCAGGCAAUUAUUUGUGGUAGAAUUGGGCAGGCUCCCAUACAGAAGAUCCUGAGGAACGGGAAGACUGUGACCAUUUUUACAGUAGGAACUGGGGGUAUGUUCGAUCAGAGAAUUAUUGGCUCUGAGAAUCUUCCAAAGCCUGCUCAGUGGCAUCGAAUUGCUGUUCACAAUGAGCAACUUGGGGCAUAUGCUGUUCAACAACUUUCAAAGGAGUAAGCCUAGAUACUCGUGAUAGACUGAUUAAUAUAUAAGUCCUCAAAUAGUAUUCCCCUUUUAUUUUCUUUCAUUAUUCACUUGCCUUUUCUGUUAUGUGAUGUGUGUGUUUCUUCAGCUCACCUGUUUAUGUCGAGGGGGACAUCGAAACCAGAGUCUACAAUGACAGCAUUAAUGGUCAAAUUAAAAACAUUCCAGAAAUAUGUGUGCGUCGUGAUGGUAUGUGAUGUUUUCUCAAUUCAUUUCCUGAUGUGGUCUCUUGCUCAAUAUUUCUCUUGCUGUUCGGGUUUCCUAUGCUCUAUCCAAAUAUUUUCAUUUUUCCACAAGUUAUUUCUUAUAUUUUUAUCUCUCUUCAUUGUACAUUGUUCCACCUGAUUAGGGUAUCCUAAGUAAUAACUGUAUUGCUGGACAAUUAUUUUCUCCCGUAUACUCUUCAUUAUGCACUGAAAUUCCCUCAGCCUUUUCCCUGUCCUAGAUCCUAUGGGUCUCCAUCUGGCCUUCAUUUUAUUGUUAUUUUCCUGCGUUCCAUUAGUUUUCUCAAGUUUUCCCCAAGCUUUCAGCUUUCAGCUUUCUGAAGAAGAAAAUCCUCAUCAUCGCCCUUUAUGGUACAACCUGUCGUUCGCUUUGGCCUGUUUAAUGGCAACUGAGGGAUUGUCUAGUUCUGUUAAGAUUUAGAAUUAUGGGUGAAGGCAUUCCACUGUAUACUACAACUCCAACCAGAAUCAAAUAUUAUGUAAAUUUACUGAACUGCUUUCAUUAACGUUUUUUUUUUUCCACUUGGGUGUGAUAUGUUAUAUCUAUUGAAACGACUUGAAUAUUUUCUCUACUCCCAAUUUUUUCCUUUUUCCGUGUCCCAUCUUGUGGUUGUUUUUCUCUUAUUCGCACGUCAGCAUACAAAGAAUAUUCUAUUUUUAUUUUUUUCAUUUAAAUUCGUAUUAAAAUAACCUCAAAAAAUUAUUUGUAUAAGAUCUUUCUGCAUCCUUGGGCGAACCAAAAGUGAUUGCCUUGCACUUAAUAUAUCAAAAGAUGAUUUUUUUUCAUUUUUUAUACUGAUUUUACAGUUUAUUCAGGACUAAAUAUUUUACGAGAGCAGAAUGUUUAAUUCAGUCUUUAAGAGACUUCAUACUUCCAUAGUAGGCCAUCUAGUCAGAUGGGAACUUUAGGAAAAGAUGAAAUGCCAAUACCAGCGCCACAUUGGACGAGCAAUCCCUGGUACUGCUAUGAAAUGAUGGUCCUAACUCACAUAUUUUUUAUGAGAAGCCACGAAAGCCGCUGUAGUUCUGAAAAAAUCACCAGUGCCAUUAUUUUACAUGAUAUAAGGUUAGAUUUGACCUGAUUUUAGUUCUCUGUAGCAACUUAUCCUUGCGUUUUUGUCCUGUCUAGGCAAAGUUCAACGGAUAAAAACUGGAGAAAGUAUUUCCAGUAUUUCCUUGGAUGAAUUAAGUAAGCAGUGUUCUUAUUCUUGGCUCUCUCUCUCUCUCUCUCUCUCUCUCUCUCUCUCUCUCUCUCUCUCCUCAUGUUUAGGAAUGUCUGAAUGAUGGUUUCGUAUUUUCUUGCAGAGGAUGGGUUAUUUUGA